AAAAUAUAUAUGUAAAACAACAUAGUACAGAGUAAAAAAUAAACAGAGAGACACAGAAAUAAUGGUGAUAACUGGCACUUGUUCUGUUACUUGUUCAACUGUUUUUGAUAUUGGAAAUUAUAAGACUAAGUUGGUGAAAGUUGAGGCACAAACAUGUUGUACCAAGCAAAACUCUCCUCCAAAGGCUAUGUUGAUUGGCACUCCAUCAGAAGCAGGAAACUUCCCAGUAUUGAUAUUUCUUCAUGGCUAUCUUCUUUACAAUUCUUUCUAUUCUCAGCUUAUCCAACAUAUCUCUUCUCAUGGCUUCAUUGUUAUAGCUCCUCAGUUAUAUUUAGUAGAAGGAGCAGAUGCAACUGAGGAUAUCAAAUCCACCGCUGAAAUCACAAACUGGUUAGCUGAAGGAUUGCAGCAUUACCUUCCACCUGAAGUUGAGCCAAACUUGAAGAAACUUGGACUAGCAGGCCACAGCCGUGGAGGAAAAGUUGCAUUCUCGCUAGCUCUUGGCAAACUUCCUAAUAUUUCUACUGACCUGAAAAUUUCAGCGUUGAUCGGUGUUGAUCCUGUUGAUGGAAUGAACCAAGGAAAGCAAACUCCACCAUCAGUUCUCACAUACAUUCCACAUUCCUUCAAUAAUCUUGAUAUGCCAGUGAUGGUAAUUGGCUCGGGUUUGGGAGAAGUUAAAAAGAAUCCUCUCUUCCCUGCUUGUGCUCCUAAAGGGGUGAAUCAUCGCGAUUUCUACAAUGAAUGUUGCAAGCCAGCUUGUUACUUUGUGGCAAAGGAUUAUGGACAUAAUGAUAUGUUAGAUGAUGAAACGAAAGGGAUUCGAGGCAAGGCUACUUAUUGUUUGUGCAAGAAAGGGAAAUCUAGAGAGCCCAUGAGGAGAUUUGUUGGAGGGGUUUUGGUUGCAUUUUUGGAAGCUUAUCUGGAAGGAAAUUCGAGCGACUUGAUAGCUAUUAGAGAUGGGCAUGUUACACUGCCUGUUGAGCUCCAAGAUUCUGAUUUUCUUGUCUAAGUUAUGGGAUAUGAUUUAGAACUUUGGUUGUGGUUACAAUUGGUAAGUUAGGUUAGCUUCUUUACGCUUCUUGAUGUCUCGAGAUCACAAUGAUGUUUAGUUGUACUGUAAAUUGGUGAGUUACUAAUCAUUGUCCAAGUUUGGAUAAUGUAAUGGUCAAACUGGGAACAUGUUUAGUACUUGUUGAAA